CGAAGUUAUCUAAUAUUUGUUCCUCUCUACGAGAAGCAAAUGCGUUUAACGUGUUAGCCAUCAUAUCUAAAAAUUUCAAUUGAUAAUUAACUAUAAGCUUAUGUGAAGAGUCGCAUAAAGUCUGAGCUUUAUUACACUAUGACAGUACCUGGAACGAAGUCCCUAUUGCCAAUAGGAUAUUGGCACCACGAGCCUAAGCAAGAAUAAUACCACAUGGGACAGCCAUGCCGGUCAGGGAUAUGGCCAUCCGGGGCUCGUUGAAGGGGUCCAGGGGCCCUCGUUACAUCCCUGAGACGCUGCACUAAUCGAGCCUUAUUAGUCUCCGAAUUCAACUUGGAAACCUCAGACCUGAGAUCUAAUACGACUCUGAAUUGCACUUUCUUCUCUAUUACUUCGUACCUCCGUUACUCUUGGCUUUUUCGAUCUUUUUCCUCUUCUUUCCUUCUCUUUUUCUUCCAAGGCGGGCCUUCUUGUAUUCUAUUAGUCAAUCCUCAAACUUGGGUUCUUGGUAUUCAGUUCAUUCCGUCCUGUCGUUUUCGGUGUACCCAACCAGAUACGUUCUUGGGCGACUUUAAUAAUAUUUGUCUUUCUUUUAUCUUGUUCGCAUACUGGUUAUGUUAUGAAUUCAGGAAAAGUGCUUGGAUGCAGAGCAUUUCGGCAUAUAGUAAUAGCUUCUGAACGAUAACAUGCCGCCAUCGAACAGGAGACGACAAUCCCAGGACGCUCAACCAUGGAAGGGAUCGCCGAAAAUGGGUCAGCGGUCGACGCUAUUCUCGCGUAGGAGUUUGGGACGUAGGAUUACCGAAAACGAUACCGUUGGUACCAGAAAUUUGAGAGCACGACGGAUUGUUAGUCGAGACCGAGGUGAAUUCGACGACCUCGGUAGGUUCCAAGGCGACGAUGAGAGCGACAGUGAUCUAGACGAUGAUUAUCAGCAUGGUCCGGGAGACUUGAGUGACGAUGAUAGCGAAGACGACGAAGACGAUAGGAUCGACGAUUCUCCACAGAAAACAACUCAGUUACCUACACCAAGCUCGUCGGGGUCUAUCGUUACCCUAACUGCGCUACCAAGUCAAACUACUACUACUCCGUUAACGAUCAUGACCACUACUCCCACAUCACAAUUGUCGUCUACUUCUGUACCACUGUAUAUUCCGGUUUUUUCAACCCCUCCUAGUAUAGGAAAAGCGUUCCCUCUACAACAGGGUAAAGAGGAGGACAAGGACUAUGACGAUCUGGAAUUACCUAUCACUUCCCAGUUUGCUCCCACAGUCACCUCUGGGCAGUUGUCUACGGAACAAACUUCAGUACCCAAAGCGGCAGAUACUGUGGGCGAUAAUGAUGAUGGGGGCAAGUAUAAAUGGCAUGGUGAUAAAGGCCCUCAACAGCAACCACAGGGCGUAUUGAAUCCUACAGCAGAACACCUUCUCAUUGCUGCAGGUGCAAUAGGUGCUUUCAUUUUAUUCUGCUUUAUCGGAUGGGUCAUCUACAGGGUCUUAAAGAGGGCGAAGGGCCAAAGCAUUGGUAUUAGCGGCGGUAUGGGAUCCAUCGACAAGUUCCAUGAGAAAGGGAGAGGAUCAUACAUGUCCAACGAAGCGCCCCCUAUUUAUGAGCAGGGAGAGUAUGGAACCACCAUGCGAUUAGGCAACUUCUAUGCCCCUAGUAAAGCGUAUCCGCCAGGACCUGGGGGCAUGGUACGUUCAGUCGCCUCAAAUUCCGAGGCAGGAACCCUUCGACAAUCACCAGAUGAUAACCCACCGCUUGCAAGUAUCAUAAACCAAUAUAUGCCAGGGAAUGGAGGCGUCUCAAAUAAUGGCGAUAUCAAUAUGACCAUGAGGUCUCAAGUAACCCAGCCAUAUUACAACGAAUCAGACCUUCCUCGCCAACCACCAGAAACAUUUACUGCGCCGAAAAGGGCUGGAACCCGAGCUAGCGAAAUAUCAUCCAUCUCUUCUGGAUUUGGGGACGGUGACAUUAUUAUACCUCCGCCCUCAGGAGCCUCAGGAGCGGACAAGCCUAUACCUAUACCUCCUGUUCCGGCUGAGGAGAACCCUGCCGCUCGAGACUCAUGGAUGAGUCGGCCAGGCGAAAGGAGGGAAACGGUAUAUACGGAAGCGAGCGAGGACCGGCCAGCUCGGUUUCGCUCUAUAACCAGCUGGGUCAACCAGCAGGCAGGACGAGCGAAGAGAGCGGGUUCGAGGGCGCGGGAACGUGGAGAAGUGCCUGUUAUGCCAGCAAUCCCAGGCCAGAUAAGUGCAACACGACAGACCGCUUACCGGUGAUGGAUAAUACUAUUUAAUACCAAAAGAAUCCAACACGGUACUCUUAUUCAAUCUUAACUUUAGACUCGAUGUUUCAGGAAUUUUCUUUGU